AUGGACAUGAAGACGUGGUCAGUUCUACUGGUGGUGAUUCUUCCUGUGAUGACCGCAGUAUGGAAGCCAUCUCAAGAAGAGAGAAGAGAAGGAUUAAGAAGGGGAGUACACUAUCACACCAAGAGGCACAUGCUGCCAAUUGGUGGUAGCGAGCCAAAGAAGCGACACACCACGCAGAAACCUCCGCAACUGAGGAAAAAGCCCUCAGGUCACUUAAAACCGCUGGAUGAAGAAGACAUGGAAAACGACGAAGUCGUCUCAGUCGCCGUUGGUCCUCCGCCUCUCAGACCUAAAUACGACAAGAUCCAUUGGAAGCACUCACCAAAGCAAAACACCACCGCACCUCCAGCCAACUCCUCAGCCACAGAUCUUGUUAGAAAUGUCUUAACGCAAUUGGGACGCGAGUUCUUGACGCACCAAGUGAGCGAGGAUUUUGUGUUUGGGCAAUACGUUGGGCAUGCAAUGAAGAAUCUUACCAACGAACAGAGGCUUAGCAUGCAGCAUGAAGUGCUGGAGCUGAUUGUGAAGUAUCAGAAACUGAAUCGAGGAGACGUGAAGGUAGACGAUACAACGGAUAAAGCAGAGAAAAGCUUCGUUCCAAUGCUGAAGGAUAUGAAGACGGAGAAGAGAGCGGCGAUCAAUGAGACCGAUGACAAUUGGCCAGACUUUUCGAAUCUGGCUAAGAUUGUAGGGUAG